AUGGCACACCUCAUCACAGGGAACAAGUUCGACCCGAAUACGGACAUUCCUGACCUGAGCGGGAAGACCUACAUCGUCACAGGCGGCACAGCAGGCAUUGGCUUCGGCAUCUCCGCCCACCUGCUCCAACACAACCCAACCAAACUCAUUAUGAUCUCAAAAAAGGAAGAGCACGGCCAGGAAGCAAUUGAGGGCCUCAAGAAGUAUGGCGAUGUGGAUAAGGUCCAGUUCAUCCAGUGCGACUUCGAGGACCUAAAGAGCGUAGACAAGGUUGCGAAGGAGCUGAGCGAGAGCUUGCAGCAGCUCGACGGCCUCAUCUGCAACGCCGGUCUAGGCGUGGGACCAUACAACGAGACAGUCGACGGCAUCGACUCGCAUAUGCAAGUCAACCACAUCUCCCAGUUCCACCUUACCCUCACCCUCCUGCACCUCCUGCAGAAGACACCCAACUCCCGCCUCGCCUUCCAGUCCUCGGACCUACACCGCGCCGCGUCUUCGAGCAUCAAGUUUGCCUCCCUCGACGAGAUCAACACCGACAUCGGCGCUACUAACCUCUACAACCGCACUAAGCUGGCAAACGUGCUAUUCGUGCGGGCUUUGGUGCGGCGACAAGCGGCUGGAGACCUGGGCUUCAACAAGGCAGCGCAGGCGGGUCCGUAUAUCAAUGCUACGCAUCCGGGGGCCGUGAGCACUGAUCAGCAGGAGCAGGCUAUUGAAGCGUACGGGAAGGCGGCCAAGUUGGGCGUCAAGAUCAUGCGCCCCUUUAUGAAAAGCCCUGAGGAGGAAGGUUGUAGGCCUAUGCUGUUUGCGGCUACGAGCGAGGAUGUCGUGAAGGAGGGGAUCAACGGAGCAUAUAUCGUACCUGACCGCAAAGUCACGGACCCCUCGAAGCAGGCUCAGGACGAAGAGCUGGGCGAGCAGCUGUGGAGGUUGACGGAGCAGAUCCUCUCGGAGAAGCUCGACAGCCUGCCGUACCGGACGCAGUAUAUUGAUCCGAUGGCGAAGGAGGGGAUGCACGGGCAGAGCCACGCACGAUAG